UGCUCAUUUCGCCUUUUCCUCCACUGAACGCGGCGUCUCAUCAUUAAUAAUGAAUCCAGCCUCUGCUCCGAAAUGACACUGGCAGUCAUACAACGACUGGGACCGGUUGUCUACGUCUCACGUCUCCUCCCGCGAAGAAGCACUUGACAUUUAACAGAAGAAUUUUUUUUGUUUUAGUUUUUUUGGGGGUGGGGGGGCGAGACAUUUCUACCAAAAUCCGUCGCCUGCCUUUGCGAUAUCACACUCGAGGAUGAAUUCCAUAAGGCAGGUGCCUUCGAGGGUGAAGAGCAAAAGGACCGAGACCAAUUUGGGCGCAGAAAGGGAACAUUUUGACAAACAGCAGCUAAGCAGCAUCAGCAAAGCCAUCAACUCCACUGAGACACCGGUGAAGGAGAAACAUGCACGACGGAUCAUUUUGGGCACUCACAGGGAGAAGGGUGCAUACACCUUCUGGUCCUAUGCCCUGGGCCUACCUCUGGCUAGCAGCUCUAUCCUCAGCUGGAAAUUUUGCCACGUGUUGCACAAAGUGCUGCGGGACGGCCACCAAAAUAGUCUACAGGACUGCAUGAGACAUCACAGUACGCUUGUUGAAGUGGGGGCACUAUGGGGCAACCUCCACGACCGAUACGGACAGCUGGCAGCUCUAUACACUAAGCUGCUCUGUACAAAGAUGGAGUUCCACGUGAAGCAUUCUGAAAUCCGGCCCAACUUGGAGGCUACAGAUGAGGUCCUAGAGCGCACAGCAGGAACAGACAUCAAUAAUGUGUUCCAGCUCACAGUGGAGGUGUUUGAUUACAUGGACAUGGAGCUGAGGCUGGCAGAGACAGUCCUCCGGCAGCUCAACACAUCCAUCGCCAUCUCCACCCUCACAUCAGGCCAGUGUCGCCUUUCCCCACUUAUCCAGGUCAUCCAAGACUGCAGUCACCUCUAUCACUUCACUGUCAAGCUGCUCUUCAAGCUCCAUGCCUGUCUCCCUGCUGACACUUUACAAGGACACCGUGAUCGUUUCCAUGACCAGUUCCACAGCCUUAAGACUUUCUUCAAUAAAGCCAGAGACAUGCUAUACUUCAAGAGACUCAUCCAGAUCCCCAAACUGCCUGAUUCCCCUCCAAACUUCCUGCAUGCAGCCUCACUGGCCAAGCAUGUGAAACCAGUGGUGGUCAUUCCAAAUGAGGAUGAACCUGAGCAACAGGAUGAUGACGACGAUGACCCUGAGCCGCUGAUUGAAGUCAGCGAGGUGUCCACAUCCAGCAUGCAGGCACAGCCCCAGCAAUUUGACAUAUUUGAUCAGACCUUUGGUCCUCCCAAUGGAGGCUUCGAUGACAGGGAUCUCCAGAUCGAGAGCCUAAAACGGGACUUGGAGUUGUUGCGAGCAGAGCUUGAGAGAGUUAAAGCGGAGGCUCAGCGCUACAUCACUCAGCUCAAGUCCCAGAUCAACAGUUUGGAGGCUGAGCUGGAGGAACAGCGAGCACAGAAGCAGCGUGCCCUUGUGGAAAAUGAACAACUGCGCAUGGAGCUGGAGGCCACGCGUCGUCGUAAUGCGGAACAUGAGAGCUUACAAACCACCUUUAGCGAGGCAGAGAAGAGAGCCCAGGCUACAGAGCAGCGCUACAAUAAGCUUAAGGAGAAGCACACUGAGCUGGUGGCCAGCCAUGCUGAACUACUCAGGAAGAGUGCAGACACGGUAAAGAUGCUGUCAGCCACUCAGCAGACUCAGGAGGAAGUUGAGAGGACCAAACACCAGCUGUCAUUUGAGGUGGAUCGAAUCAAACAGGAAGCCGAUAUGAAGUUGGAAGAGCAGAAGUUUGAGAUGGAAAAGCUGAGGCGAGAGCUAGAGGAGAAGAUGGCGGAAAUGACUCGCAUCAAGUCAACGCUGCAAAGCACAGAGAAAACGGGGGAGCAUUUAAACAGCUCAGUGACGGCUCUGCAGGCAGAGAAGGAGCGUCUGAUGCGAUCUGUCAGCGAAAAGGAGGCAGAGCUGUCCUCACUGCGCCACGCUGCGCAGAUGCAGCAGUCGUCACUUCAGCAGGAGCGUGAGAGGAACAGCAGGGAGCUGGGAGAGCUGCAGGGCAAACUGCAGGAGAAGGCAAGUCGUGAGGACCAGAUGAAGCAAAAGCUUCUGGAAGAGCAGUUUGCUCUGCUGCAGGGUACAGUCACAGAGGCUGAGAACAUCAUCCAAGAUGCAGUGGCUAAAAUAGACGACCCCCUCCAUAUUCGCUGCACCAGUUCACCAGAUUACCUCAUAAGUCGAGCAGAGGCUACGCUAGGCUCCAUUGACAAAGUGAAACAGGGCCAUGCAAACUUUCUGAAGAACAUGGGAGAUGCUGGAGGGCUGCUGAGGGCUCUGACCCAGUUCUCCCACCUGGCUGCUGAUACAAUCAUCAAUGGCAGCGCCAUGGCACACAUGGCACCCACUGACCAUGCGGACCGACUAACAGAGAAUUGCAGAGGCUGUGCCUCUCAGAGUCUGCAUUUCUUGAAGGAUCUAAAGGCCAAGGCUACCCUCCAGACAGCAGACCCAGCCUCCAUUCGCAUAAUUGUCCAAAAGAUUCUCAACUUGGGCCAGGAACUUCGACCCAAAGGGAUGGACGUUCGGCAGGAUGAGUUGGGAGACCUAGUGGAUAAGGAGAUGGCUGCGACAUCAGCAGCUAUUGAGGAGGCAGUCCGCAGAAUUGACGAAAUGAUGAAUCAGGCACGAAAGGAUACAUCCGGAGAUAAACUGGAGGUCAAUGAAAGAAUCCUCAACAGCUGCACAGACCUGAUGAAAGCCAUUCGCAUGCUGGUCCUGGCAUCUACAGAUUUGCAGAAGGAGAUUGUUGAGGGUGGGAGGGGGGCAGCCACCAUUAAAGAGUUCUACGCCAGGAAUUCUCGUUGGACUGAGGGACUCAUCUCUGCCUCCAAGGCGGUGGGAUGGGGAGCCACAGAGAUGGUGGAGUCUGCUGACAAAGUGGUGCUGCACACCGGCAAGUAUGAAGAACUGAUCGUCUGCUCCCAUGAGAUAGCUGCCAGCACGGCACAGCUGGUUGCUGCCUCAAAGGUAAAGGCAGAUCGCAACAGCAAGAAAUUGACUAUUCUCCAACAGGCAUCCCGUCAUGUGAAUCAGAUGGCAGCCAAUGUAGUGGCCUCUACCAAGACAGGCCAGGAGCAUUUAGAGGAUAAGGAUACCAUGGACUUCUCUGGCUUGUCCCUUAUCAAGUUGAGGAAAGAAGAAAUGGAGUCACAGGUAAAGGUGCUAGAAUUGGAAACUCAGUUGGAGAAUGAGCGUCUACGUCUGGGUGAGCUGAGGAAGAAGCAUUACGAGAUAGCUGGUGUUCCCGUGGAGCAGAUUGCCGAGGGAAACGGACUGACCUCCGUACCGGCCCAUGCUUCCCCUUCAUCACCUAAACCCUCAAAGCCUACCAUCAUGAGGAAACCUGCUUUGGCCCAGAAACCCAACAUACCACCCAAAAAUACAUUUAAGUAAAUGCCUGAAAAGAAGAGGAGAAUGCUUCACCAGUGGACAGGUGGAUUGACCUGAGCCAAGACUGCCUUUGUGUGAACUUUGGGUCCAUUUAAAGCUGCAUGCUGAAUGUCCUCUGUCUCAUCCUGACUCUUACUGCUCUCACUUCAACCUUAUUUUUCCUUUUUGCCAAAAUGGAACUCCUGCCUGAUUGGGACCUAUGAUGCCUGUGAGAGACAUGUUGUCUGUGCCCCUUGAUGUCAUUUUUGCUAGUAAGGCAGUAUCCCCCCCCCUUUUGUGUAUGAUAUUAAGAACAAAAGAAGGGUAAAUAUUUUUUUUCAGUUAUGCCGAAGUAUUUUUACUA